GGAUUACAUGUCUACAUGGAUUACAUGAUCGACAGGAAGAUACAGCAGAGGACGAGGAAGCAGCCGAGGAUCCGCGAGGAAGAGGGCUGGGACCAUGGAGCCGUCCUCUGAUGAAGAGGAGGUGCACACAUUCGUCCAAGUCCUCAGUGAGAAAUACAACCCAGAGAAUUUCCCCUACGGACAAGGAGUAAUGGUCAUGCCCAGCCCACCAGGAUCCCCCGUCAAAGAUCGACUGUUCCUGCCCAGCAUACUUGUUCUGAGUGACUCUGGAAUCAGUAAAGCCGGUGAUGGCUCAGAUAUUGCAGCUUUCUGUGGCCACGUGGUCGAGCUCGACCUGUCCCACAAUCAACUGAACGACUGGACAGAGAUCUGCACCAUUGUUUCCAACAUCCCCCACCUGGACUUCCUCAAUCUGAGCAUGAACCCCCUGAGCGGCGUGGAGCUGGAGCCCAGCAUGGCUGAGGUGUUCUCCAGGCUCCGACAGCUCGUCCUCAUUAACACACACAUCAGCUGGGACGCCGUGCACACACUCACAAAACACACACCAGAGCUGGAGGAGCUUUUCCUGUGCCUGAAUGGCUACAACACUGUGUCAGUAUCCCAGACGUCCUGUCCGUCACUACGCCUGCUGCAGAUCACAGACAACCAGCUGCACCAAUGGGCAGAAGUGAGGAAGUUUGGGCAGAUGUACCCGAGUCUGAGCACACUGGUUCUGGCCAAUAAUAGUGUGGACUCUGUGGAUGACACUCAGGAAACACUGCAGCGGCUCUUCCCCAACCUGCGCAGCAUCAACCUCAACAACUCAGGGCUUAGUAAAUGGGAGGACAUUGAAAGGCUGAACUUCUUCCCUAAGCUGGAGGAAGUCAAAGCAAAAGGGAUUCCUUUAUUGCAGCCUUACACCACCCAUGAGAGACGCUGCCUCCUUUUAGCACAGCUGCCAUCUGUGGUGCUGCUGAAUGGGAGUGCAGUGUCUAAUGGAGAGAGGGAGGAUGCUGAGAGGCUUUUCAUCCGGUACUACCAGGACUGCCCAGAACAGGAACUCCCUAUGAGGUACCACAUCCUUGUAUCCAAGUACGGUCAACUGGCCCCGCUGGCGGAGGUGGACCUGAGCCCCCGCAGCACCAUGGUGGACGUUCGCUGGGGCGACAGGGUGGAGGCUGUUAGUCUUCGUCUGGAGCAGACGGUGGGUGACCUGAAGAAACACCUUCGAGCUCUGCUGCAGCUGCCCACCAACGGGAUCAGGCUCUUCUAUAUAAACCGAGAGAUGUGUUCGGUCGUGGGACCAGAGGAGUUGAAGUGUGGCAGCCGGGCGCUCCAUUCCUACAGCAUCCGAGACGGGGAUGAGAUUCUAGUUGUGCCCAGAGUGAAAAGCCGCUGCAGCUCCUCAGAUCUUUGAGUCUGAGGCUUUUGAAUGGGACUUCAGGAUUUUUAGAUGAACACUUACUGGAUACUAAGCUUUGACUUGAGCCUUUUUUUUUUUUUUAGAUUAAAAAGAAAGGCGAUAUUAUUCAGCCUUGAAUGUAAAGAUGUUUGCUGUCCACCAUAUUGAACAAAUCUAUACAAUAGUUUAUUUGCACAUAGAAGUUCCACAUUCACAAAGAUUGUAUCUUGAGUCGCACUUUUCUGCGCUCGAGUUGCUUGAGGUAAGACUGCAGUUUACAUCUCAUUUAUGAAAAAUAUGCAAAUCCGGAUGUGGUGCAAAAAAUCCUUUGAAAGAAAAAACAGCUGCCAUAAUUACCAGUCGCAUGCAAAAAUUGCACAUUGAUUUUAAAAACAAUUAAUAAUUCAAGCAUUUAAUUAAAUCUGAGCAAUUUGGGAUGGAAAACUUCACCCUGGCUUGCAACAUGCAUUGGACUUAUAAGUAUUUUUUUGAGAAGUGAAAAAUGUUGAAAUUGGCUGACAUAAAAGAGUUCAGAUGGAAAUUGGAUUUUAAAAAUACCAGCUGCUGUAUGCAUACGUUUCACAGUUUUCAAAAUGCCUUGUCUGGCUUUUCUGCACCGUAAUAAGCAGCUCUUCUGUGUUUUCACCCCAUUUUUCGGUUCAUUUUCUGCAAGUAGAAGAUUACUCUGAGGCGCGUUUCCUGUAAGCUGUGAACAGUGUCUUCAGGCAGCAGUGAACAGUGUGACUUUUUCAUUGCCUCGGAGAAUGCAGUUUGGGUGAAAAUCAUUCUAAACUUAUCUUCUCCUUAAAAGCCGACACAGUGGCAAACAAUGAACCUUAAUCAUGCAGAAAUGAUUGCAGCCAAGCUGUCUAAAACUCACACCAAGUUUUGAAUGACUUUUUCGAUUUCUGCAUAUUGCCAAGUGUUCGUGAACCGGGUACAGUCUACAUUUGCAUUGCGUAUAAAAAAUGAAUUAUUAAUAUUUUAUUUACAUUUUCAUGAUCAUGACAGGCUCUGAGAGGCUUCAUCUCUUCUGACUUUUAUUCUAACAGACGAGAUUUGCUCCUGAGAAUGUUCUUUUCCAGGAACAUGAGGAGUGUGUGCAUAAUCUUUCCCUGCUUCUUCCCGUCACUCAGAUCACUCUCUCUCCACAUGACUCUUGAUAGCAGUGAAAUGCCCUGGGAUAACCCCCCCGAGCUGAAAUCACGUAUGCAGUGUGUGGGGGAUAACAGAGCACAUGGCUGCCACUCAGUCAAGACGCCCUGGCAGAAAGACGAGACAAGUCUGAGGUGAGCUCGGGUCUGGGACAGAGAAAGGAAGGAGCGUUGACGCUCAAGUUACUGCAGGUCUUCUGGCCAUUCAGCCCAUGAAUGGAGCAGCUCUCUCUCCUUUGCAAAGGCAGCUGAGAAACGUUGAGGCCCAGCCUGUAUGGUAACCACACACCAGCUGCUGUGUCACAGACAUUUCCGCUGCGUUUAUGUUAGAAUGGGUUCAACCAAAAGGCUUCGCCCCUCACCCAGUCACCUCGAUCUCUCCUGUCUUACAAACCUGACACUCUCAGUGGCUGCUGUUUCACAGGACAUAGGGUUGUGAACUUCUCCAUGGGCUCACAUUGGCAUCAAUUGUUUUCAAAAUCAAAGAAUAGAUUGAAAAACAUCCCCACCUUUCCCCACCUUCUGGCAAUUGGCCGAUCCUAAGUCGUGCACACUUUAGUUACUGUUGAUGGUCAGAAACACGCUGAUUCUGUGUCAAGUUGGGUGCUGACAGUUUCUGGGCGUCAGGCAAUAUAGCUUUAACAGGCCAACAGCGAGGACUACAGUAUGUGUUUGAAGGUUAUAUUUACGGGAUAGUAGACAUAGUGCAUAUCCAAAUGUAUAACCCCAAAAGUUACUUUUGGGCAGCACGUACGCAUCACAGAGAUAAAAUAAACAAAGGGAAGUUGAUCUGGCUUACAAUAAUUCAUGUUAUCUUAAAAGCAUGUCGGUAACUAACCCGUCUGUCCCGUGACGCUGAUGUAAUGUGUUGAGUGUCACAUUCACAAGUCCGCCGGUCACAUCUUUUACCCAUCUUCAUUUUUUCCCAGCACUUUUAACUAGCAGAUGUUAAAAUGUUAUCUAAGUGUUACAGGAACAGGGAAUGUUGAGUGAGGAUCUGCCGGGUAUCAAGCUUGCGCAGCUGAUAUUGAGCACAGAGCAGAAAGGAGUGGGACUUAAGAAGGGUUAAUUGACAGCCUUUUCCAGUGCAGGAAUAUAACAGCAUAUAACCUUAACUUUAACCCUUGGAAAGUUGUCAUUUUUUUGUGUUUCCUUCUGCCAGACACUGAAAAAUCUUGACACACCUUUUCAUCUCCGAUCAUUGAUUCCACUGAAUAGCUUCUAUUCUACUAAUACUGGCAAGGACCUGGACACCUUUUUAUUUCAGAUGUCCACCAUUAUUUAUCUGUUGACCUAAAUAUCCGUUGUUCUUGUCGACAGACACAAUGGUGAGGUGGGAUUCAUACUGUGGCGUUUGUUCCCCUAAAGGAACCUGAAAAUUCAUUUCUAAGAGCUCAUUCACAAAGAUGAUGAGAGAACAGUGGAGGAAAAAGCAGAAUCCUGGCUGACUUUGGCAGCACAUUAUGUUGUGUUUCGUUAAGUUCCUGCACUGGAAACAGAGUUUUCAGUUAACUGACUUGCAUGUCUUUGGACAAUGGGAGGAAGCUGAAUCACUCACACAGACAUGGGGAGAACUUGCAAACUCCACUCACAAAAAAAACAAACUAGACGGAGUGCUGCAUUCAUAGAAAACAAGGGACAUGAAUUUGUCUAUGGUAACUUCUCAUAUAAAGCACCAACAACUAGCUGGGCUCCCUGUAUGCAGACUGUCUUGAAGCUUAAUUUUAGGAGUUAAGAGUAAAAUGCUCACUGUGCAUUUAUAAAGAAAAACAUGCAUCAAUUUAGUGUUUUGUGGCCAAGAAAUAACAUUUUUAAGAGGUCUGUAGUGCUUCAAAGAGUUACUUUGGUUUCCUCCUGUAGUCCAAAGACAGAUAGGUCAGGCUGAUAGAAGACUCUAAAUAAAAUGUGUUGUUGAUGUUUCCCUGCUCUCUCUGCAGUGUAAACGUGGCCCAAUAUGUGCAUUUGUUGAUGAAACGAUCAACAAUAUUACUGAAAAUAAGGUAGGUCUCGCAGAAGCCGUUUCUUUUAAAUAUUGCGAAGGUGUUUGUUUGAAAUCAUGUUGGGUGAAGCGAGCUGCCAGGAUAAAAAGUUUCUCUUGAGUACAUUUAUUCCAAUUAUAAGUGAAGCCUUGUGUUACCGAAAGUGUAUGAAAAAGUGUUGAGGUGCCGUCGUUCUGUGGCAGCCUUACAGUGCUGUCAGACCGCUCCUCCGACACGCAACUUAAAAUGUGUAGUUGAUAACUGGAGAUCUCUUCUGGGUUUUUCUGUCUUGACUCACUUGCGUCAUACUAUAUUAUGAUUGAGUGCUUAAAUGGGAAGUAAUGGGAUGAGCGUAAAGCAUUUAGUUUCUAAAGUUAUAUUGUGGUAAGUCGGUGGUUUGCAUGCUGUGAUACUUCUUGAUAUGUUUGGUUUAAAAUGUGUAUGGAUGUGUCAUUCAGGGAAACUGUUAUUUUGUCAUUUUGACGCUUUAAAAUAUUACUUGUGCUCCUUUCACCCUCACAUUGUCCCUUCAGUUAUACCAAAUACAAAGAUUAUUUACAGAUUUAAAAAAUCUAAAAGAUAGUUGCUAAUCUGUGAUACAGUUUGCCUUGUGCUGUUUAGUAUAUUGUGUUUAAUUUAUAUUACGUUUGCUUUCUGUAUUUUCUCAAAUGUUUAUCUUGAUAUUUUGAUGGUAAAUCCUUGUUUUCUCUCUUGCGAUCAUAUUGCCAUUUUGACUACACCUGUACAGUGUAAUGGUGCUUUUACUUCUCUUCAAGAAAUAAAUUCUAAUUAUUUCA